AUGCCUCCCGUAACACACACGACCCUAGCCAAAUUAGCGCGCCGCAGUCUCCUCACGUCAACACCCAUACUCGCACACCACUUCGAGCGACGCGGACUGUCUGUAAACCACACGCAGGCCGUCACACUCGGCAUCAUCGGCGCAUAUGUAGUCAUCAUCGCGCUGCUCUGGAACUUGCCGUACGUGCGAUGGGUGUUAUGGCCGUUCAAAAUGCUCGUGAUAGCCUUUCAUGAAUUCGGCCACGCGAUAACCGCAUGUUGCACCGGGGGCCGCGUGGAGUCCAUCUCUCUCGACCCACAUGAGGGUGGCGUGACGCACAUGCGCGGUGGAAAGCAGUUCCUAACAUUACCCGCGGGAUAUUUGGGAUCAUCGAUCUUUGGUGCGCUGUUAACGUUUUGUGGCUUCAAUAUUGUUGCGAGCAAAGUGGCAUCUAUUGUUCUCGGGGUGUGCUUCUUGCUUACGUUGUGGUGGGCAAGGAAGGAUUGGUUAACGAUUGUGACGAUUCUAUUGAGUGUGGGGAUGUUGGUUGCGUUUUGGUUCAUUGAACAUGGAGAGGCGUUGAGAUUUUAUGUUCUCUUUAUUGGCGUCAUGUCCUCACUUUAUAGCGUCUGGGAUAUCUGCGACGAUCUCAUUCUACGCAAAGUAAAUUCCUCGGAUGCCAGUGUGUUUGCGAAGCGGUAUGGUGGUUCAUCACAGUGUUGGGGACUCAUCUGGUCGUUGAUUUCACUCGCCUUCAUGGUGUGUGGAAUUCUCGCGGGACUAGCGGCUUUCAAACAAGAUUUUGACCAACAGGAGAAGGACAGUGAAGGCUUUAUUCCGACAGUCCGCAUGCUGUUAAAGGUUUAA